AGGGGUUCGGGCGCCGGGGGCGGGGGGGAUCCGGAGUGAUGGCCCGCCCCGGCCUCAGAGGCGGAUAAAAAUCCGUUGCGCCGUUGGCCUGGGAAGGAGGGAGCGGAGGACCGAUGGACUCCACGAGAGUAUGACGGGGCUGUACGAGCUGGUGUGGCGGGUGCCGCACGCGCUGCUCUGUCUGCACCGCACGCUCACCCUCUGGCUCCGCGUUCGGUACGGCACCUGGAACUGGAUCUGGCGGCGCUGCUGCCGUGCCGCCUCCGCCGCGGUCCUAGCGUCGCUCGGCUUCGCCCUCCGCAAGCCCCCGGUGGCCGGCCGGAAUCGCCGGCUCUACCGGCACCCGCCCGCCCAUUCCCGCCUGCGCUGGCGCGCGGACGGCCGUUCCCUGGAGAAGCUGCCGGUGCACAUGGGCCUGGUGAUCACCGAGGAGGCACCGGAGCCCAGCUUCUCGGACAUCGCGACCCUCGUGGUGUGGUGUAUGGCCGUGGGCGUCUCCUACAUUAGCGUCUACGACCACCAAGGCAUUUUCAAAAGAAAUAAUUCCAGAUUAAUGGAUGAAAUUUUAAAACAGCAACAGGAACUUCUGGGCUUAGAUUCUUCCAAAUAUUCACCAGAGUUUGCAAAUAGUAAUGACAAAGAUGAUCAAGUUUUAAAUUGCCAGUUGUCAGUGAAGGUGCUGUCCCCAGAAGACGGCAAAGCAGAUAUCGUGCGAGCUGCGCGGGACUUUUGCCAGUCAGUCGCCCAGCAGCACAAGCGGUCUACUGAUUUGGAUGUAGCGAUGUUAGACAGUCUACUUAGUUCAAAUGGAUUCCCCGACCCUGAUUUGGUAUUGAAGUUUGGUCCUGUGGACAGCACAUUAGGCUUUCUUCCCUGGCACAUCAGAUUGACUGAGAUUAUCUCUUUGCCUUCUCACCUAAACAUCAGCUACGAGGACUUUUUCUCUGCCCUCUGUCAGUAUGCCUCCUGUGAGCAGCGGCAGGGGAAGUAGUGAUCCCUGGUCACGUCAUGGGAUUCCAGGCUUCUGGAGAAAAGGACCCAAAUGACUGAUGUUUACAAGGCACCUGUGAAGUCCUGUACAUGCCCAGCCCACAGCCCUCCUAAUUUAUCAACAAACAAAAAGUGUCUUACUUGAGAGAGAGAGAGAGAGUGUGUGUGUGUGUGUGUGUGUGCGUGCGUAUGUGCAUGUGUGUAUGAAAAUGGACUUACAACUGAGGGAAGUACUAAAGAAGGAAAUGCAUAGACCUGCAGCUUUGAACAAAUCACAGGAAUUUUCAGGAUUUAAAAUGUCAACCCCAACUACUUCCCUGUUUUGUGGGGAGAGGAUGGGAUGAUUAGUUCUGUUUGGUGAUUGUUUCAGGGUGGAUGUGGGGGCAUGGAGAUAGGUUUUGUUCAGUCUUUCCUAGUGACCAAACUUUAAUUUUUAGGAUAAUAUAUUGACUGCAUUCUUUGGAAGCAUACUAGUUCUGAGGAACCUCCAAAGUUCUCUUUUGCUCACAUGUUAGAAACUUGCAGAGUCAGAGCUGCGGGUAUACCUACCUUUACCGUCCAUUUCCAUUUCUGUUUCUUCGUUAUGGUCAGACAUGUAACUUGAGAGAGUUGCUCUGAGUCUGGCCUGGGUUGUGAAGAUAAUUUUAGAAGAACAGUGUUAAUACACUGAAGUGCAUAACUGAAAAACAUUGAAAUACUAGACAGAAAAAUAAAAUAGCUUGAAAAAGUAAAUAAGAUUGACUAAAAUGGAAACGAAAGGUUUAAUGUUAUGUUUGUUUUGCUUGUGGACAAUGUUCUAGAUACUGUCCAAACAUGAUAUUGAAAACUUUUCAUUAACUAUUUUUAUUUAAAACGAGCAUUUGAUGGGCAUCCCCCAGGCAGCGCUUGUCCUCAGAAGUAACCUGUGCCUUGUGGCAUGGCGCAUGUGGGGUGGGGCUCUGCGGAGAAGACUCGGUCGUCACUCAGUCAUUCCUGACAGUGACUUUGCAAAAAAACUUAUGUGAAUGUGAUUUAGGCGUGUGAGGGGAGUAAAAUUUUACCAAAGUCUACAAAAAAGUAAUUUACAUGCAUUUUAUAGGUUCUCUUCUGAUCAAGAGCAGCACUGUUUCUGUUGUUUUUAAAAUGAAUAAACACUUUUUUGAAAGGUGUUCAAACCUUUCUUCCCUUACUGCUGGUCCUUGCACCAAAACCAUUCUUUAUAAUUAUGGCUUGUUUUAAGCCCCUCCUAUUGGCACACAGACAGUCAGUGCUCACGUGUGCUUUUCAAGUGGAAUACUUUAAAGUCUAGGUUAAACUAACAGACGGAAGUCAGAUAGAGGUGCCCCACAUCUUUUCAUGGACUCUGCUUCUAGUACAAGAUCCCUACCCUUAAUAGCAUUGAUUGCAAGAUAACGAGCACUGGAUUUGGAGCGCAUGCCUGGAAUCUUGUCACAUCUGAAGCUAAGAGGAAUUCACGUGUUUUGACUUUGGAUGAGAAAACUCCAUUUAUGAUUUUCAAAAUACACUUGAAAUAAAAAUGAUUGAACUAAAUUUUGGUUCAGUGACAUUACUUUGCACUCAGUCCUUUCAUAGACCUCUGUAUAAGACCUUUUUCUUAAAGUCAUAGUUUAUUGCUGAGUAUUUUUUGUACAGCUACAACCUCUCUCCUUACCAGCACCUGUUCCUUGUGCUUCUCUGUCCUGGGACCUGUGAUCUGGGGAGGCUGGUCCUUGCCUUAGUGUAAGACUGAGGCCAUGCCUCAUGAAUAUGAGAGAUAUAAAUGUCAUGUAAAUGUUCUGAGGCUUAUAUGACAUUAUUGAAUUAAAUUUCAGACCUUACUGAAAAGAAGAUAAUUUAAUAUAAGUUAAAAUUAAAUUAGUGAAGUAAAUGACACAGGGGUUUCACCCAAGUUGCUAGAGGUUUAAUAGUUGGAUCUUUUGUACUCUCACUUUCUCCUAUUUUAUAAUAAUGUAGUAUUGAAUACCUAUUUUUAAAAUCUCUUAAGGUCUGGUUUGAGCAUGUUCUGUUCCUACGAGGAAACCCUUCAGUUAAGCCACUAAGGGUUCGGAAGUCAGAUAGAGGUGCCCCACAUCUUUUCAUGGACUCUGCUUCUAGUACAAGAUCCCUACCCUUAAUAGCAUUGAUUGCCAAUUCUUCCCAGAAGCGUUACAAGUUAUGCCUCCCUCGUGUAGGCUCCCAAAAUGGAUCAUUUUAAAGAAGAGUUGUUCAUUUUCAUAUGUACUGAAGGAUAUUAUGUUUUUUCUUGAAACCCCCCACCAUGGGAAAAUUACCAAAUUGAAUACAGGCAGUUAGUCCCCGUUGUGGAACUCUGACUUAGUUCAACCUGUGGUUAUGAACCCCCUGUCCCCUCCCCCCAAAAACCUAUUAAACAUUUUGAGGUAAAUGGGUGCUAUCUUCUGACACAUCAAAAUAUGAUUCUUACCAUAUGUUAAAGAUGUUUUAGUGAUCCUGAAACUAUUUGUUUUUAUAUGCUUGAAAAGAUGCACUAUAUACUGUAUUCUAAAACAUUGACUGUCAUUAGAUAGGAACUUUACCUAAUUUCCAAAGUACAUACAACUUCAUCUUUAAGACUGCUUUAAGAAUGGCACUCGUUUGUAAUCCAGGGACUUCCUGCAACCUGCUUUAAUAGAUGGCAGCUAUUUGGAGUAUGGCAAGAGUUUGGAGGGUUUGAAUUUCAUUCCCAAGUCAGACUGUUUUAUGUUUCUUAAAACUUUUAUGUAAAAAUUUGAAAGUUGGUUCUUGAUGUAAAUCACAAAUUACAACGUAUGGGAUAAGGCUUAUGAAUGUUAAGGCUUCAUGAUCUAGAUGAACAGUGCCAAACACACUGUGCAUAUCGACAUUUAAUCUUUGAAUGUGCGUUACUUGAUUAACUCCCUUGUGUAUGAUAGUGCCGUGCAAAGUCAGUUAAAUCCUAGUGAUGUUUGUAUGACUGUAGACUUUGGCAACAUGUAAAUAUUGUGUAAAGCAAGUUUUUAUGAUCAAGGAAUCAAAUUUAUUGACUUUCAUUAUUGAAAGUUGAAGCAACAUGUAUGAACAAACAAUAAAAGAAUAUAAUCUUUUCAUGGA